UCUAUCUAUCCAUAAACCCUUACCACCAUUUCCUCACUUUCACAACAACCAUGGCGGCGGUGGCAACAUCUCUCCGAUCACUCCUAACUCUCCGAUCAUCUUCUCUCACUUUCUCCAAACGCCUUUUCUCAUCCAUAUGCAGAUCUCCACCAAUCUCUUACCAACCGCUCCGAUCAUCCACCAUCCCUCUCUCACACUCUCUCCAGUUCUACCCCGGCAGUGCUGUCCGUUUCAACCAAAUCCGAUGCCGUGUGAACCGGUCCGGCGGUGCUUACUCUCCGCUUAACUCCGGUUCGAAUUUCAGUGACCGGCCACCGACGGAAAUGGCGCCGUUGUUCCCUGGAUGUGAUUAUGAACACUGGCUGAUUGUUAUGGAUAAACCUGGCGGUGAAGGUGCUACUAAACAGCAAAUGAUUGAUUGUUAUGUUCAAACCCUAGCCAACAUUCUCGGCAGUGAGGAUGAAGCAAAGCAGAAGAUUUAUAAUGUUUCUUGUGAGAGGUACUUUGGAUUUGGAUGUGAGAUUGAUGAAGAGACUUCAAAUAAGCUUGAAGGUCAGCCUGGUGUACUCUUUGUGCUACCUGAUUCAUAUGUGGAUGCCGAAAACAAAGAUUAUGGAGCUGAGCUGUUUGUGAAUGGAGAGAUCGUUCAGAGGUCACCUGAAAGACAAAGGAGGGUUGAGCCUGUUCCACAAAGAGCACAAGACAGACCAAGAUACAAUGAUCGAACUCGAUAUGUCAGGCGUCGUGAAAACAGUCGCUAAACGUGAUAAGGCCCAGAUAUCCUGAUUAUGUAAUGAACAGAUACAAUCUCUACAUCUGAAACAUCGCUAGUGGAUUGGUUAUCUAUGAACAGAUGGUGUCUUGUGGUUAAUCUACGUCUCUUGUGUUUCUGCAAAUGUAGCUCUUUGCAUGAUUUAAUAUCUAAUUAUUUAGGUCAAAUAAUUAUCAAAUACUGCUUUUGUUUA